CAUUUGACUCUCUCUCUUGCACUAUCCGGAAUGAUGUGUAAUAACCCAUCACCCACCAUUACCACUACCGCCAUUACUACUUCAUUGCUUUGCAUUGCAGUACAAAAGGCAUAAACUUUGCUCCCCACUGUGGGUUGGGUUGGGGUUGUGCCUCUCUGGAUCCAUCUGUCUUUCUUUUCGUUUCUCCCCAUUUGUUUUCCUUCUCCAUUACGCCUUCCAUUCCCCCAUUUGCCGAUAAAAAGUGGGGGGAAAAAACUGGCUUGUGAACUAAUCUAUCCAAGCUGCCUGCUGUGAAAAGGAGAAAGAAGGGGGAAAAAGGGAACAACUUUUGUUUACUCGUUGUUUGACUGCUCCGAGAGGAGGCUUUGCUUGUUUGUGGUGCAAAGUUUGGAGCUUUUUUCAUUCAGCGAGCUGAAAUGACCCACUGGAGCUGGAGGAGACUGCUGUGCGUGGUUCUGAGAUUGAAGUGAAGCGAAGGGGGCUUUCUGGGGUUUGUGGGUUGUUUCUGAGUUCUCUACGCCAUGAAUACUGGCGGAAGACUCAUUGCUGGUUCUCACAACCGGAAUGAGUUUGUGCUCAUCAAUGCCGAUGAGACUGCAAGAAUUCGAUCGGUGCAAGAAUUGAGUGGCCAAGUGUGCCAUAUAUGUGGUGACGAGAUCGAGAUCACAGUGGACGGAGAGAUAUUCGUUGCAUGCAACGAAUGUGCUUUCCCUGUGUGCAGAACUUGUUACGAGUACGAGAGACGAGAGGGCAAUCAGGCUUGUCCUCAGUGUAAAACCAGAUAUAAGCGUCUCAAAGGUAGUCCUAGGGUCGACGGUGACGAGGAAGAAGAUGAUGUCGAUGAUCUGGAGCACGAAUUUGAUUAUCGCGACUUUGACGGUUUGGGCCCAGAACAAGUUGCAGAGGCAUUGCUUGCUGCAAGACUCAAUACUGGCCGUGGUUCCCACCUUAAUAAUGCAUCUGGAGUUUAUGUACAAUCAGAACACAAUGCUUCACCCGUCGACUCUACAAUUCCUCUGCUCACAUAUCACAAUGAGGAUGUUGAUAUCACUUCUGAUGAUCAUGCUCUUGUUGUUUCCCCUCGGUCGAGUAAUGGAAAUAGAGUUCAUCCGAUGCCUUUUCCAGAUCCAUCUACACCAUGUAAGUGGUGCCAUAAUACUGCUAGCUGCUGUGCCGAGUUUCAUGUUUUUGUCAUAUCUAUCGAGUUAACUGUAACUUAUUUUUUUGGCAAUGCAGUGCCACCCAGAUCUAUGGUUCCGCAGAAGGACAUAGCGGUGUAUGGCUAUGGAAGUGUCGCGUGGAAGGACAGAAUGGAAGAGUGGAAGAGAAGGCAAAGUGACAGACUUCAGGUGGUCAAGCAUGAAGGGGGGAGUGAUGGCGGAAACUACGAUGGGAAUGAACUUGAUGACCCUGAUUUGCCCAUGAUGGAUGAGGGCAGGCAGCCACUUUCGAGGAAGUUACCUAUUCCUUCAAGCAAGAUAAACCCGUAUAGACUUGUAAUUGUCAUCCGUCUUGUGAUCUUGGGGCUGUUCUUCCACUACAGAAUUCUUCACCCAGUCAAAGAUGCAUUUGGAUUGUGGCUAACAUCGGUUAUAUGUGAAAUAUGGUUUGCCUUAUCAUGGAUUCUUGACCAGUUCCCAAAAUUGUACCCUAUAGAACGAGAAACAUACCUCGAUCGACUGUCACUAAGGUACGAGAAAGAAGGCAAACCAUCAGAGCUUGCUAGCAUAGAUGUAUUUGUUAGCACGGUGGACCCCUUGAAAGAACCCCCAUUAAUUACUGCGAAUACCGUCCUCUCUAUUCUUGCCGUAGACUACCCUGUUGAUAAAGUCGCUUGCUACGUAUCCGAUGAUGGUGCUGCUAUGCUCACCUUUGAAGCGCUCUCAGAGACAUCUGAAUUUGCUAGGAAAUGGGUUCCUUUCUGUAAGAAGUUUAAUAUCGAGCCAAGAGCACCCGAGUGGUACUUCUCCCAAAAGAUUGAUUACUUGAAGAAUAAGGUCCAUCCUUCGUUCGUUAGGGAAAGGCGUGCUAUGAAGAGGGAUUACGAAGAGUUUAAGGUUAGGAUCAAUGGAUUGGUUUCGACAGCACAAAAGGUUCCGGAAGAUGGUUGGACAAUGCAAGAUGGAACUCCAUGGCCUGGAAAUAAUGUGCGGGAUCAUCCUGGCAUGAUUCAGGUAUUUCUUGGUCAGAGUGGUGUUCGUGACGUUGAAGGCGAUGAGUUGCCUCGUUUAGUUUAUGUCUCUCGUGAGAAGAGACCAGGGUUUGACCAUCACAAAAAGGCCGGGGCUAUGAAUGCACUGAUACGAGUUUCAGCAGUGCUGUCCAACGCUCCUUACAUGCUGAAUGUUGAUUGUGAUCAUUACAUCAAUAACAGCAAGGCUCUAAGAGAAGCCAUGUGUUUCAUGAUGGACCCAACUUCGGGGAAGAAAGUUUGCUAUGUGCAGUUCCCUCAGAGAUUCGAUGGGAUUGAUCGACAUGAUCGAUACUCUAAUAGGAAUGUCGUCUUUUUCGAUAUCAACAUGAAAGGUCUGGAUGGUUUACAAGGACCAAUUUAUGUCGGUACUGGUUGUGUCUUCCGGAGGCAAGCUCUUUACGGUUAUGAUGCACCCAUUAAAAAGAAGCCUCCAGGGAAGACCUGCAACUGCUGGCCUAGAUGGUGCUGCCUGUGCUGUGGAUCAAGAAAGAAAACGAAAUCAAGUGCCAAGAAGAACAAGAAGAAAACGAAGGGCAGAGAAACGUCAAAUCAAGUCCAUGCUCUUGAAAAUAUUGAAGGACAGAAAGAGUUGAUUACGAAUAAGUCUUCUGAAACACCUCAGACCAAAUUGGAGAAGAAAUUUGGGCAGUCGCCGGUAUUUAUAGCCUCUGCACGUCUUGAAGAAGGUGGAGUUCCAAGAGAUGCCAAUCCUGCUGCCUUACUGAGAGAAGCUAUUCAGGUUAUCAGUUGUGGGUAUGAAGACAAAACAGAAUGGGGCAAAGAAGUGGGAUGGAUCUAUGGCUCAGUUACGGAGGACAUUCUGACAGGGUUCAAGAUGCACUGCCAUGGAUGGCGGUCUGUGUAUUGCAUGCCUAAAAGACCGGCCUUUAAAGGAUCGGCUCCAAUUAACCUGUCAGAUCGUCUGCACCAAGUUCUUCGAUGGGCAUUGGGGUCGGUUGAGAUUCUCUUGAGCAGACAUUGCCCACUAUGGUAUGGAUAUGGUGGUGGGUUGAAGUCGCUGGAGCGAUUUUCAUACAUAAACUCCGUCAUCUACCCGUUGACCUCCAUUCCCUUACUGGCUUACUGCACAUUGCCAGCUAUAUGUCUUCUCACUGGCAAGUUCAUUGUCCCUCAGAUUAGCAACUAUGCCAGCAUACUGUUCAUGCUGCUCUUCGUAUCUAUCGCUGCAACGAGUCUCUUCGAGAUGCAAUGGGGUGGUGUGGGGCUCGAUGAUAUAUGGCGAAACGAGCAGUUCUGGGUGAUUGGUGGUGUCUCGUCCCACCUCUUCGCCCUCUUCCAAGGUCUCCUCAAGGUCUUGGCCGGAGUGAACACCAACUUCACCGUGACCUCGAAGGCAGCCGAUGAUGGAGAGUUCUCGGAUCUGUACCUCUUCAAGUGGACUUCCCUCCUCAUCCCUCCCACGACAUUGUUGAUCAUAAACAUCGUGGGAGUUGUUGUUGGGAUCUCCAACGCAAUCAACAAUGGCUAUGACUCGUGGGGCCCACUGUUCGGCAGGCUGUUCUUCGCCAUAUGGGUGAUCGUCCAUCUUUACCCUUUCCUCAAGGGGUUGCUAGGGAAGCAGGACAGGAUGCCGACGAUCAUUCUGGUGUGGUCGAUUCUCCUGUCGUCGAUAUUGACCUUGCUUUGGGUGAGAGUCAAUCCAUUCGUGUCGAGAGAUGGUCCUGUGUUGGAGGUCUGUGGGUUGAACUGUGACUGAAUAAAGUGACUGGAUGUCACUUUGCCACAGUGUAGAAGAUUGUUGUGAAUGGGAAUUUUGGUAUGCAGACAUUUAGGGGUGUAUAUAUAUAUAUGUAGGGGAAGAAGACAAAUUGGUCUUUUCUUUUUUGGGUAGUUAAUUCCUUGAUUAAUUGUUAGCUUGGGAGAGGGUUUCUUGGUAGUACUGAUUGGAGGAUUUUUGUGAAUCCUAAGAUUUGAAUACACAAUUAUGGGAACAGAAUUUCAAUACAAAUAUUCAUCUGUUUUUGUUUUUUGAGAAAUUGAAGGGAAUUGAAUCAAUACAAUGAUUCUGUUCAACCUCGUUCAGUCUAGAUCGAAUGGUUGCUCACGCCUAGCUAUAUCGAUUCAACAUCUGAUAUUU